GUUUUAGGAAGGUGUGUUCAAAAGUUAAGAACUAUUUAAAUUAUGUAAAAAGUUUCGAUUUGUUAAUAUGUAGCAUGCACAGAGAGAAAGUUAAAUAUGAAAUAUAUAUAAAGUUUGAUAAACUAAUUAUACAAUACAAGGAUUUUGUUGCAUAUAAAGCAUCAAGUGAACCAAAUUUAGAUAAUAAAUAUAAAUGUGCUUGGAAAUGUUCAAAUUUUUAUUAA